AUGGACACUACCUCAGAAGCAGCGGCUCAAGUUAUAGCUUUGUUGCAAGCGGGCCAUAAUCAACGGCAAGUCGCUCGUGAACUUAACACGAGCCAAUCAGCUGUUUCACGAGUAUACAGAAGGUUUCAAGAGACUGGUGGCUUCGUUCGGAGACCACAAACCAAUAGACUCCGGAACACAUCUGAGACAGACGACCGCUUCAUUGUCUCAACUUCGUUGAGAAAUCGUCAUCUCACGGGCGUUGAUGUGCAACAGGAGCUCAGGAGGGUUCGAGGAAUGGCUGUCAGUCAGUGGGCAAUUAGAAGACGCCUGAAGAAAGCCAAUUUAACUCCUAAACGGCCAGCCAGAGGCCCGAAACUGACCGCAGCUCACCGUCAAGCCCGACUUUAA